AUGGGUGGGUCAGUGAGAGUUAUCUUUCUUUCGGUGCUUGUGUUUCUAAGCGCUGAAAUCAUUCAAUCCACUUCUUAUGACGGAGAAGUGAAGGGAGUUUGCAUAGAAAGAGAGAGGCAAGCCCUCUUCAAGUUCAAACAAGGCCUUAUAGAUCCAAUGAAUCGGCUCUCUUCUUGGGUGGGCCAUGAUUGCUGUAGCUGGAGCGGAGUGGGCUGCAACAACAGAACGGGGCAUGUCAUCAAUCUUGACCUCCGAAAUCUCCUCAUAGAGUGGAUUCUAUUCAAUGGAGACCUUGUUCGGAGUCCUGAAAACUCAUCCUUGUCUGGUGAGAUAAAUCCUUCUUUGCUUGAGUUGAAUCAUUUGAAAUACUUGGACCUAAGCUCCAAUGAUUUUAAAUCGAAACCUGUACCAAACUUCAUUGGUUCAUUUAAGAAACUGAGAUAUCUUAACCUCUCCUUUUCUGGCUUUGAUGGAACAAUUCCCCAUCAUCUCGGUAAUCUCUCUAGCCUGGUUUAUCUCGAUCUUCAUUUAGAUAUUUAUCAAUCAGGUAUUCUCGAAGUUGAUAACCUUCAUUGGCUUUCUGGUCUUUCUUCUCUUCGACACCUUGAUCUGGGAAAGGUGAACCUCGGUCAGUCCCAUGAUUGGUUACCGGCCAUUAACAUGCUUCCUUCUCUUUCUGAGCUACGCCUCUCCGAUUGUGAACUUCCUAACAUUACUAUUUCUCUUCCAUAUGUUAAUUUCACUUCCCUUUCAGUCCUUGAUUUUUCCAGGAAUGAACUUGGCCCGAGAAUUCCAGAUUGGUUGUUCAAUCUUAGCAGUUUAGAGUAUCUAAAUCUUGGAGGGAAUUAUUUUCGAGAUCCAAUUCCAAGUGCUCUUGGCAAGUUUUGCCACUUGCAUACUUUAGAACUCUCAGACAAUUUUAUCAGGGGAGAGAUGACUGGGUUUGUGGAAUGUCUAUCUGGAUGCAUUCAAGAAAGUUUGGAGACACUGAAUUUGGCAUCAAAUGGUCUUAGUGGGUAUUUUCCUGAUUGGUUAUUCCAUCAUAUAAAUCUUAAAACUCUUGAUCUCAGCGGAAAUUCACUAUAUGGCCCUAUUCCUGAAUCUCUUGGAAAUCAUUCAUCAUUGGAAGAAUUGUAUCUUAGUCACAACAACUUGAAUGGGUCUUUGCCGGAGAGUCUUGGACAACUUUCAGAACUAAUCAAUCUAGGGAUAUCUUCUAAUUCGUUGGAAGGUAUUGUGUCAGAAGCACACUUUGCCAGUCUAACCAAAUUGGAAUCAUUGGAUAUCUCCUUGAAUUCUUUAGUUCUUAAAGUAAGCUCCAAUUGGAUUCCACCUUUUCACCUCAAAUACAUCAGAAUGAGGUCUUGUCAAGUGGGACCCCAGUUUCCUGCAUGGCUUCGUGAGCAAAGAGACUUUUUCAAACUUGACUUAUCCAAUGCCCAAAUUUCAGAUUCCAUACCAUACUGGUUUUGGAACUUGUCUUCUCAAAUCUCAUUCUUGAAUCUUUCUCACAACCAAAUCAAUGGCGAGAUUCCAAAUUCAUUGCACUUUGCUCCUAGGGCGACUAUUGAUUUAAGUUUCAACAUCUUUAGAGGUUCAUUGCCACACUCGUUUCUUAAUGCCAGGAUUUGGAUUUUGGAUCUCUCCAACAAUUUCCUUUCUGGACCCAUACCCGUAACUUUUCGCGAAAUAUCUCUUGGAUUCUUAUCACUUUCUCAUAAUCAUUUAAAUGGUAGCAUUCCUCUGUCUUUAUGCCAAAUGGUGCGUUUGCAGAACCUUGAUCUCUCGUAUAAUCAAUUAACUGGAGAACUUCCUCAGUGUUUGGGAAAUUUGACUAGAUUGCUCACCAUGGAUUUGGCAAACAAUAGUAUACAUGGACAUAUUCCUAUGUCUUUGGGUUUUAUAAAUGAGCUUCGAUGGUUGCGUUUGCGCAGCAAUAACUUUUCAGGUGAGCUCCCUACAUCAUUGAGAAAUUGCACCGAUUUGAGAGCUAUCGAUUUUAGUGAAAACAAUUUCUCUGGAAAAAUACCAAAAUGGACAGGGAAAAGCCUAUCAGCUCUCAAGAUUCUCAAACUUUCGUCAAAUAAAUUUUCCGGAACAAUUCCUCCACAGCUAUGUCAUCUUACUUCUCUUCAGAUCUUGGAUCUCGCACAUAACAAGCUACUAGGAGCCAUACCAAAGUGUUUUAGCAAUUUCAAUGCCAUGGCUACGACAGAGCAUCAAAGUGAAACUAUUGUGAAUGUGAACUAUGUUACUGAAGAAGGAGAUGCAGGGAUCAUAUGUUAUGAGGAGAACAUAACAGUGAUUAUUAAAGGAGUAAAACUUGAUUAUACCACGACACUUUCCCUUGUAAGCGUGAUAGACCUCUCAAGCAAUCAUUUAUCUGGAGAGAUACCUGAAGUUUUAGCAAAUCUAUCUGGCCUGCAAGGUUUGAACUUGUCCGGAAAUCAUUUGACUGGAAACAUUCCAAAGAAUAUUGAUGGCUUGCGACGGUUAGAGUCUCUUGAUCUAUCGCAUAAUCAACUUUCUGGUGCUAUUCCACAUACCUUGUCAGCAUUAACUUUCUUAAGCAGCCUCGAUCUGUCACAUAAUAAGCUGUCAGGGCAGAUUCCAUCAGGCUACCAGCUCCAAACUUUAACUGAUCCUUCCAUUUAUAGUGACAACCUUGAUGUUUGUGGAUCUCCACUUCCGAAGUGCCGAAAAGAUGAAACAUUCAAAGCACCGAUGGUUGAAGAAGAGAGGAACGAAGAAGGGUUCGAGAAGAUAUGGUUUUUCACUAGCAUGGCACCGGGAUUCGUGGUUGGAUUUUGGGGAGUAUGUGGUGUUUUAAUCUUUAAGAAGUCAUGGAGGAUUUCUUAUUUUCGACUUUCUGAUAAAGUGAUGGAUAAGAUCUCCGUGGUGUGGGUAACAAAGGUGGCUAAGUUGAAGACAAUGCUCCAGGAUAGGAAGUAA